CCGGCGUCACGUCUCUGACCUGGUAUUGUUUUCUCAGACAGACAGUGACGGCGCCAUAUUGGAGAAAAACAACCCGUUCGUUAAAACAACGAGAAAGCCUUCUAAUCGCAGCAAUGUUGUACCUUGAUGAUUACAUGGAGAUGAUCGAGCAGCUCCCCAUCGACCUGAGGGACCGCUUCACAGAGAUGAGGGAGAUGGACCUGCAGGUUCAGAACGCCACGGACCAGCUGGAGCAGAAAGUCAUCGAGUUCUUUGUCAACGCCAAGAAGAACAAACCGGAGUGGAGAGAGGAGCAGAUGGAGGUCAUCAAGAAGGUCAGAGACACACCUCACACACACUCCUUCAAAAGGAUUUAAACCUUAAACCCGCCUCACACACACACCUUAAACACA